CUCAUUUGGAAAACAAUUGCGUAUAAGUUCUGUUCAUACAAAGUCGAAACUAUAACCCAAGGCUUCUGUCGUAAUGAAUACAAUGUCACUGGAUUGUGCAAUAGACAGUCGUGUCCUUUAGCAAACAGUAGAUAUGCGACUGUCAAGGAAAAAGAAGGUGUAUUAUAUUUGUUUGUCAAGACCAUUGAGCGUGCUCAUACGCCCUCCAAGAUGUGGGAAAAGAUCAAGCUGUCAAAGAAUUACACAAAGGCUUUAGAACAGAUUGACAACGAGCUUAUUUACUGGCCAGAAUUCAUGAUCCAUAAAUGCAAACAAAGAAUGACAAAGAUUACUCAAUAUCUCAUCCGUAUGCGUAGACUGCGCAUUAAAACUAAACCCAAGCUUGUUGGUAUUAAAAAGAAGGUUGAGCGCCGUGAAGCUCGCAGAGAAGCAAAAGCAGAGGCUGCCGCUCGUUUGGAUAUGUCUAUUGAGAAGGAAUUGUUGGAUCGUCUUCGUAAGGGAGUUUACGGAUCCGAUGGUAUUAUCAAUGAAUCUCAAGAAGCAUUCACCAAGGCUCUAGAUGAGAUUGAGGAAAUGCACGAGCAGGAUGAAGACGAACUCGAGGACGAAGACGAGGAAGAGGAAGAGUUUGUUUCUGAUAUGAGUGAAGACGAUGUUGCUGAUUUGGAAGAUACUGGCGAUUUCCUUGGAUACAGCGACGAUGAGGAUGAAGAAGAUGAUGAAGACGAAGAUAUGGAUGACAUUGAACUAUCAGAUGGAGAUGAAAGCAGCAUAAAUAGUGACGAUAGUUCACCCAAAAAGCCAACUGCAGGUCACAGACAAGGCAAAGGGCCAGUUCAAAAGCCACGCAGGAGUAAGUUUGUCAUGAAUAGCGAUCCAAAUACCAACAAGAGUCACGUUUAUAGAUUUGAAUCUAACUCGUUGUGUUUAAUAAUGAUAUCUAGAGUUUGCGCGCGUGGAAGUAGAAUACGAGCAAGAGAACGAGCCGUUGCAGACUUUUGCCAAAUAAUAAAAAUGACCAAGAUAGUGGUUGAUGAUACAUCACGUGUAUACUAA